UCCAUUUUCCUGACGUUGCGAUGUCGCCUAAAAAGAUUGUCAAUCAUUUACAAGGGAUUUGUGUUCACCGCGUCUUCAAUAUCGUAGUCCACGCGCUGUCUGAAGAAACCGGCGUGCAUAAUAAAAAUGUGGAGAAGUAUUUCGCAAAUUCCACCUUCCUUGUUCUUCAAGAUUUAUUAAAAUACAUAUUAAAUUCUGAAAACUUGGAUGCCGCCACAAGAUUUAACUGCUUAAAGGUGCUCCUAAGACGUAACGUGCAAGUCCUCGAAACUGGAAUAUUUCCCUACUCCUACUACGUGAAAAUAUUACAAGUGAUUAUUAAAAGUGGAACGGGCAUUCAGCAAUUAAAUUUGAAGGGUUUAUGGGUGCAUGACCAGCCGGAACUGCUCGAGGAGGUUUUACGUAGAUUAAAAAACUUAAAAGUUCUGAUUAUACCCCAUAUCGCCGGAGACUUUAUACUAAAACCAAUAUCGGAGUGCGGUCAGCUUACAGUUUUAGACAUUAGUGGCGAGUGCUUUUUCUCAGCGGUUGAACUCUCCUCAUUUAAAAGUUCGUCAAUUAAAGUUUUAAUAAUCGGAAGUUACGGGAAGCGGUUCCUUUGCGAGCCGGAAGACAAAUCGUCUGAAGUUUUAGCUGAUAUAAUCGAGAAUUUGCCUAAUCUGACGGCAAUUAGGACGUAUUCAUUUGUCGGUUCGAGUCUGUGCCGUAUUUAUGAAAGAAAUCCUGAGUUCAGUUCGAAAUUGCUGUAUCUGCGUGACACGUCUACUACGACCGAGGCCGGUAAGGCGCUUGUGAGGAUGUGUUCCGGUUUGGAAUCGUUGUAUUUGGAUUUUCCAAACGAGGGCGUGCUGAGCUCGAUAAAAUAUCUGAAACGGAUAACUACUCUGAAACUUUCUCGUUUUGAAUAUGACGAGCUCGUUGAUUACUUGCAGGAUGGGGGCGAAGCACUUCGGGAACUUCACCUGUACAACACUAGACACGUGGCGGUAGACGUGAGUUACAUCUCUUUGGUGUGUCCGAACGUUGUUCAUUUAGAUUUGUACAGGCUAAGCUUAACGCUGACCCAAACCGAUUCAUAUUUUAUGUGCUUACAAUCCAUCGACAUUCUUUACUGCAAUGUGGACGACUUUAUUGUGCGGUAUAUAUUAACGAACUGCCCCUUUUUGAGGCGGUUUAUUGUCGGUGAUAUAUUAAGGGUAACGGAUGGUGAUCUUUUUAGACUCUGUGCGGAAUGCGAACUUCUGUAUUUGGAAGAGUUAUGGUUCUCGUGCGCUAAAUAUUUAACAACGACGUCCGUUCAACUGUUAAUGGGUCAUUGCCCGAAACUUAAAUCAUUAGGACAACUUACCGGAUGGGAUGUAAGCCCUGAUGAUAUUGUCUACCUACGAAGUGUUAUCUCCAGUAGCAAUAACGACCUUGUCCUUUUACCCACAACAUAUCCUUAAAUUUGCUUUAAUAAACAAUGCGAAUGUUUACAGAGUUUCGUGGUAGAGGAAGUCACGGAGUGUUCGUUUGGUAAGAGUUAAAGGGUUCGUCCGUAAAAUAUUAAAGCAUUUUUGUACAAUAAAGCUCUGCCAUAAACAUAUUGUGUUAUUAGAUUGGUUGCUCUUGUUGAAUUUUGUU